AUGCCAUUCCAAAAGACUUUGAAGACCUCCGCUUACCACUCCAGAUUCCAAACCCCCUUCCGUAGAAGACAAGAAGGUAAGACCGACUACUACCAAAGAAAGAGGUUGGUGACGCAACACAAGGCCAAGUACAACACCCCCAAGUACAGAUUGGUUGUUAGAUUCACCAACAAGGACAUUAUUGCCCAGAUCAUCAGUGCUCAGAUCACGGGUGAUGUCGUCUUGACUGCAGCUUACGCCCACGAAUUGCCAAGAUAUGGAAUCAAGCACGGUUUGACUAACUGGUCUGCUGCUUAUGCUGUUGGUUUGUUGGUUGCGAGAAGAGCCUUGCAGAAGUUGGGCUUGGACGAGACCUAUACUGGUGUCGAAGAGGUUGAAGGUGAGUUUGAGUUGACUGAGGCUGUCGAGGAUGCACCUAGACCAUUCAAGGUGUUUUUGGAUAUUGGUUUGCAGAGAACUACCACUGGUGCUAGAGUCUUUGGUGUCUUGAAAGGUGCUUCCGAUGGUGGAUUGUACGUUCCUCACUCUCCCAACAGAUUCCCUGGUUGGGAUAUCGAGGCUGAGGAGUUGGAUGCUGAGUUGUUGAGAAAGUACAUCUUUGGUGGCCAUGUUUCUGAGUACAUGGAGGAGUUGAUGGAUGAUGAUGAAGAGAAGUACAGAACUUUGUUCAAAAACUACAUUGAAGAUGAGAUUGAAGCUGAAGACGUUGAAGAGGUUUACGCUAAUGCUCACGAGAAGAUUAGAGAAGACCCUUCUUUCAAGCCUACCGAAAAGAAAUUCACCAAGGAACAAUACGCUGCUGAGUCUAAGAAAUACAGACAAACUAAAUUGACCAAGGCUGAAAGAGACGAAAAGAUUGCUAAGAAGAUUGCUGCUUUCCAAGCUGAAAACUAA